AACUCGGGCGCCCGGGAUUGGGCAGUGCGGCGCGAGGGGCGGAGCGGAAGGUUCUGGAGAGGGCUGGCGGGCUCUGGAAGCUUCCGCCGGGCGGGUAUAUAGCGUCCGGGCCGGGGCGGCGGCGGAGCCGUAGGGACGGCGGCGGGAGGGUGGGGGCCAUGGGUAAGGAUUACUACCAGACGCUGGGCCUGGCCCGGGGCGCCUCGGACGAAGAGAUCAAGCGAGCCUACCGCCGGCAAGCGCUACGCUACCACCCGGACAAGAACAAGGAGCCUGGCGCCGAGGAGAAGUUCAAGGAGAUCGCCGAGGCCUACGACGUGCUCAGCGACCCGCGCAAAAGGGACAUCUUCGACCGCUACGGGGAGGAGGGACUGAAGGGUGGUGGCCCUAGUAGUGGUAGCAGUACUGGUCCUAACGGUGCCUCCUUCAGCUACACUUUCCAUGGGGACCCUCAUGCUAUGUUUGCUGAGUUCUUUGGUGGCCGCAAUCCUUUUGACACCUUUUUUGGUCAACGAAACGGGGAAGAAGGCAUGGACAUUGAUGACCCAUUUUCUGGCUUCCCAGUGGGCAUGGGUGGCUUUACCAAUAUGAACUUUAGCCGACCCCGCCCCACCCAGGAACACAGCCGCCGAAAACAGGAUCCCCCUGUCACCCAUGAUCUGCGGGUCUCACUUGAGGAGAUCUAUAGUGGUUGUACCAAAAAGAUGAAGAUCUCCCACAAGCGGCUUAACCCUGAUGGGAAGAGCAUCCGCAAUGAGGACAAGAUCCUGACCAUUGAAGUGAAAAGAGGGUGGAAAGAGGGGACCAAGAUUACCUUCCCAAAAGAGGGGGACCAAACCUCUACCAACAUUCCAGCUGACAUUGUCUUUGUUUUAAAGGACAAGCCACACAAUAUAUUUAAGAGAGAUGGGUCUGAUGUGAUUUACCCUGCAAGGAUCUCCCUCCGUGAGGCCCUGUGUGGCUGUACAGUGAAUGUCCCAACGCUGGAUGGCAGGACCAUACCCAUAGUGUUCAAGGAUGUCAUCAGGCCCGGAAUGAGGCGGAAGGUUCCUGGAGAAGGCCUUCCCCUCCCCAAAACACCAGAAAAACGUGGGGACCUCAUUAUUGAAUUUGAAGUGAAUUUCCCUGACAGAAUUCCCCCGUCUUCAAGAACCGUCCUGGAGCAGAUCCUGCCUAUAUAGCAAUCUCUGCUCCUCAAGGACUGAACCAAGGACAUUUCCAAAACUCAAGGUUUUCUGGACCAUCUCCAACAGUUGUGGGCCCCCAGGGUGGGAGGGACCACAGAGGGUUUUCAUAUGCUGAAUGUUUCCAGAGAAUAUAUUACAAUCUUUCAAAGUCUUGCAUUAGGCUUCAGUGGUUUUUCAAACAAUAGGUUCACAGGUAAUGGGGUAGCACAAAAGCAUUCCAAGGAAUUUGACCCUCUUUAAUGGUGCCAGUAUAACUAACCUCCUCCCCCUUUUCCCAGAAACAAUUAAGUUUUCUGUCAUCUCCAGCUCAGACCCUGAGUUGUAUCAACUACCCUCGAAUAUACACACUCCCUCCUUUAGAUGGAAAGCAUUAGACCCAUAAUUGGACUCUGCUGUUCUUUAGCAUUUUUGGCUCUUACUCUUAGUUGAUGUCUGCCUGGAGUACAGUCCUGGUUACAAGACCAUUUCUGCUCCUCAUUGCUGUUUGUGGUGUUACUGAUAUGUAUUUUAUUCCAACUUUGUCUUCACGUGUCUCAUUUUUGCUUCUGAAAAUAAUUACAUCCUUUCUUGCUGUCCCAGAUUGAAACCUUAUAAUUUACCUUGAGAAUUGCCCUGAUGGUGUCCAAAAGCCAACAAAAAGGGAGAAAAUGGGAGACUUGGCUUGGGUAACCAGUGGGGCAUUCUAAAAUUCUCUAGUCAUUUAUAGCCCAUUCAUAGGCUGGGGUCCAUUAUUGUCUUUUCCUCUUAUUGGCUCACCUGGGAUGUACAGGAUUUCGCAUUAACCCGUUGAAUCCCUUAACCCCUGACCCAAUCUGAAGAAAUGGACUCUGGACUCUUAUCAAAGGGAUCUAAUCCUUUUGAAUUUAGCACAGCCCUAGUUAUAAUCCCUUUUGAUAAAAGGGUCUUUGCUUCUGAUACAGGAGCACCAUGGAUCUUCUGUAAAUAAUUUUUGUAUAAAUCUGUAUAAAUUUGGUGUGCACUUACAAAAAACCCAAUGCAUUACAGCUGCUGCUCUCUGUAUGGGGCCAUAUUGGAAUUAAAAUGAAAUUUUUGGGGUUGUUUUUUUUGGAACAACUUUGUCUCUUCCCUGGAAAUGGGUCUGGUACUCAGGCCUAUAGAUUUAAUUGUAAGGUUGCUGCUGCAGACACGAGACCAAAGCAUAUGACUUGUCAAUGUGCAGUACGUCAGGAUUAAAGACUGAUGCUAAACCCA